AUGCGGGGUAGGUUCAAUUGGAAGCCGCCCAACCUGAUCACUGCAGAACUGGAGAAGCCGCAAGUCUUCCACGACCUUUCGAAUAUGAACAGCAAGGACAUUGCCUUCACCAUCCGCUCCGUGUUCAUCAUCGACCCUGCCAAGAAGAUCCGCCUGGUUAUGGCCUACCUCUCCUCCACUGGCCGUAACACAGCAGAGGUUCUCCGGUUUAUAGACCCAGUCUCUCUAGAAUAG